GUUAUCGAUCUCGUGGUGUUGGUGUUGCAUGUCACCGACCACAUGUUUAAAUGAACACACCUUCCAUCUGAUUAGGGCUAUUAAAACCGACCUUCCCUUAUACUUAUGAAUAUUGCUUUUCUGGUUUGGUACUCGUUUUGAACUGACCAAAUAAUUCCACUCUUACCUCCGGUACGCUUUCUGGUUUUGUCCUUCAACGACUGCUCUAAAAUAAUUUCCCCGAUAUAUUUCAUUCGAAAACAAUUAUCUUAGCUUUUAUUUUGGCAAAAACUAUACUUCAUUCAAUCUCAUACUAACAAAUUGUCAUGUUUUAAGAAUCUUUUGUCUGAAUUUUCAUUUCCAUACUUAUCCUUAAACCUAACACACAAUCAUCUUUAUGGUAAUCCAGUUGGCAUUGGAUUCGUAUUGUUUUGUAUUUGGACUUGAUUAUUGGAUUGUUCCUUCAGUUAGUCAGUGUUUUUGCAUACCGAUAAAUGGAUUUCAGUAUUGAGGAACUUUACAAUGUUUUCAACGCUCAACAAGGCAAAGACACCAAUUGUCAAAAGCAAGUAAUCAAGUUGAUACAAUUCCUCACUUCAGAGGAUGGUUGGUCAAUAUGCACUUCUGUAUUGUUGAAUUCCAGCUCAAAUCUUCCAAAUGUUGAUGCAUUGCCUGAAGAUCAAAAAUCUGCACUAUUUUUCUUAUGUUGUAGAGCACUUGAAGAAAAUUUAAAAUCAGAUUUACCUGUUCAACCAGAUGAAGCAUCUAAAUUUGCUAUGUUUGCUUGUCAAUGGCUUCGGAGUCUUAUUAAUCCUGUUGAUGGGAUCAGGAAACCGAAAUAUUUUGAAGCAAAAGCUGGUCAAUUAAUUACAUUAGCUAUAAUACGAUAUUAUCCAAAUUAUUGGUCUUCUUUGUUUGAUGAUCUUAUGGGAAUACUAGUGGAAGCAACAGCUAAACAAGUCAAUGAAACAAAUAGAUCAGAUAUAGUGGCUGUCGAAUUAUUCCUUGAUAUUCUAAUUGAUUUAGACAGUCAUAUUAUAUCAAGAAAUGUACAAUUAACCACGGAAGAACUUAAACGAAGCAAUGAAUUGAAAGAUGCAAUGCGUGAAUCAUGUAUUGGUUCAUUGAUUCAUACAUGUUAUCAAUUAAUAUAUCGAUUUCUCGAUUCAUGUCAAUCGAAUGCAUGUCUGAUUCGUAAAAUUCUGCAUACCAUUGGUUUAUAUGCAUCUUGGGUUGAUUUAUCUCUUGUGGCCAAUACUGAAUGGAUUACAUUAUUAAGUCGAUUAUUACAAUUCUCAAUUGAUUGUAACAGUAAUAAUAAUAAUCAUAAUAACAAUAGUAAUAAUAGUGAUACUACUACUACUACUAAUAAUAAUUCAGCCGGUUCAAUCAUUCGUUGUGGAAUCUAUUUAUACUUGAUAGGUUUUGUAAAUAAAGGUAUGCAAGUGAUUGAUAAGUUACACUUAUUAACUGGUAUUUGGGAACAAUUAGGAUCUAUGCUCAUUCAUGAUCCGAAUCUAUCAUUAACAUCAAGGAAUGCAACUAAUGAUCCGUGUAAUAACAGCUUAAAUGAUGAUCAAUUAGAAUCUGUUUCUACGCUUGCCGCGCUGAUCGAUGCUAUGGGCAAUCAAUUAAUAUCAGUGUACAGAAACUUAUAUGAAGCGACCUGGUUAAAUAAUAGUUCAAAUCAAACAAAUCAUCAAUUUCGAUCAGAAUCAGAUCAUAAUUCAUUCUUACCGAUUGCAUUAGAAGCUCUAGAGGAUCGAUUAAAUGUUGCUGUGAGUUUAUUUGAGCAUAAAGAACAACAAGUUAGCCAAGUGUUGAUACCAUUUCUACGUUCUUAUUUGAGUCUAUUGAAAAGUGUUGUCAGUCAACCGUCGGAAAAUGUUCCGUCAUCAUCAUCAUCUACAGGAGGAGGUGGUGGACGUCGAUCACGCAAUCGGAAUAGUUCAACUUCCAUGGAUUCUACCAAUCCUUUAUGGACUAAUAACACUUCAUCAGCAUCAGCAUCAGCAUUAUCUGGUCAUUUGGAAAUAAAUGAGAUGAGAUUAUUUUUUGUUAAACGUCUUCUAUUCGCCUGUAUCGAUAAGAUGAAAUGUCUUCCUAUUCGUGAUAAUCAAGAAGAUGAUGAUGAGGGUGAGUAUGAAGAAUAUCGACAUGAAUUACGCACACUAAUUGGUAAUAUUACACAAUUAGAUCAACGAUUUGUAUUGGAUACAAUACAUCAAAUGGUUAGACAUUCACAUCAUUUACUUAUUUCAAAUGUAAUGCAAAAAUCUUCACCUAUACUACUAGAGCAUUUACAACAAAUUGAUGUAACUUUAAAUUUAUUCUAUUUAUUUGGAGAAAUUUGCAAAGCCAGUAAAAAUGAUCAUUUCAAUCAAAGUUUUCCUCAUCAUGAAACUAUGACAUCAAUAAUGUCUAUUUUAUGCAGUGAUUCAUUUUCUCGUUUACCACAUGAAUCUCUUCAAUUGCAAUAUUUUGAAAUAAUGGUUCGAUAUGAACGGUAUUUCUCACUAGUCCCUGAACAUCUUUUACAUGUGAUGCUUGCAUUUGUUGAUGAACGAGGUUUGCAUAGUCCAUGGCAUAGUGUUAGAAUACGAUGCGCUUAUCUAAUUAAUCGUAUUAUAAAAUCACACAAAAAAACUCUGCUUCCACAUAUCGAAGGAUAUUUAUCACGUUUCUCUGAUUUAUUAGAAUUAUCAUUAGAACCAGAUUGUAGUGUUUUAUUAUUAAAUGGUGACCAGUUGAAUGGUAAUGUUAACUUUGUCAAUGGUUGUUGUGAUGAUACAAUGAAUAUUGGGAAAUCUGGUAAAACCGGUCUAGGCAUUACUGAACAAGGUUUCUUGUAUGAAGCUGCAGCACAGUUGAUCGCUGCCGGUGGAAUUCUUCAACCGCCUGAUCAUUUAACUACAAAUGGUGGUGGUGGUGGGGUAGAUCGUGUCGGUGAAUUAUUUCGUGUUCUUCUGACACCUGUUAUGAUUCAAUAUGAUCAAUUUGUAACAAAAUUUGUUACAGAACAAAAUCCGAAAUUAGCUGAAAUUCGUGGAGUUUUAGUGAAACAAGUCACUGAUUUGAUUACCAAAACAACUCGUGUCUUUUCUCAACCCAAAUCAAUUAUGACAUCUGGAUGUGAAACCGUGUUAAUUGAUGCAAUGCAACUUAUCAUAUCCGAAUUAUCACGUUUUCCUACAGAAGCCACCAGUCCUGGUCGACAAGCUGCUUGUGCUGGUGUUCGUGCAUUUUUACAUCGAAUGGUUGCUUGUAUUAUACCAACAAAUGAAUCAAAUUCCAUUGGUUGUAGAAGUACAUUGACAUCGGAUGUACUGCUGGCUGCCCUUGUAAAUGCUGUACCGAAAUUAGUGAAACCGUUACAAUCACUCGCAGUCACUGGUACUGCUACUACUACUGCUGGUAAUGAAGUGUUAGAUACAGUGGAUGCAGAACAACGUUGGAAAGAAAUUCGUGAUGUAAUACCGCUUGUUACACAAGUUGUACUCAGAUAUAAGAAUCAAAGUAUUCCAUUUUUAUCAAGUUGUCUGCCACAUUUAAUGGAAGUUAUCAUCAAUGCUUUAAAUGAACCUUUACCACCAAAUCAUCCAACAUUAAUUGAAGAACGUAAAUUAUUACGUCGUGGUUAUCUGCAAUUAGUUCAAACUAUAUAUCAAUCAGUUCCAGAUGUAUUUUCACAACUUAUUAGUGAAAAUAUUGUACAAAAUCUUUCCACUGUACUUGGACAAGUACAAGCCUGUUUAGAAACGGAUGACCCGAUUGGAUUACGUUCAGGCAUAAUAUUAUUUUUACAACUUAUUCAAUCAGCUGCUCAUAAUACACAAUUUUAUGAAGAUUUCUUAUUACCACAUCUUGUUCCAUUUUUUAUACUUGGUCCAAUUUCUCCUGUCUUUCGUUUGUCUGAUGGUCAAUUUAUAUUGGCUUUAGAUAAAAUUGCUGAAAGUUUGCAUGUUUUACAUCAAAAACAAGAUGGAUUGUAUAUAUAUUUAAAAGAUUAUUUCCUACCAAGACAACAACUAUCUACUGAACUAAUUCAAUCUUAUACAACUGCAUUAAAAUCUAGUUUGAAAGAUUUUCAAUUGUUUAUUAGAACUUUCUAUGCAAAUUUCCACUGAUGUGUGCACUGUUGCUGGUGGUGGUAUGGUUAGUCCCCCCUCUAUGUUGAAUGAAUUCUAAGCCAGACACAUAACAAAGCAUCAUUUCAACUCCUAUUGGUGUGUGUUUAUUACUGUAUAGGUUUUUUUUCAAUUGAUGAUUACUACAAUAAUUAUUAUCAUUAUUCAUGUAAAAAAAAUUAUUUAAUGUCCAAUGUGUGUGUUAAAUUAUGAUUUCAAUCGAUGCAAAUAUCAUUCAUUGUUUAUAUAUUUACAAUAUAUAUAUAUGUGUGUGUGUGUGUGUAGACUAGAUAUUUGUAAUGCACGUGAAUAUCUUAUUCCAUGGAUUUGUAAAACAGAGUAUGAUUUCUGCUUAUAGUGGUGAUUAUUUACAUUCCUCUUAUGUAAUAAAAAUGGAAAAAAGCAAAGAAUAUUUCUCUCCUCCUCCUCGUUGUUAUCCUUUAUUUCCCCUGCUCUCGAUUUAAAUUAUAAGCUAUGAUUGAUUAGUUUUUUUUCUUUGCACACAACACAACAAACGAGAACUUCUAUUGUUGCCUUAUUCAUUCAUUGCUGUGUAUGUAACCUAUUUGAUUAUGCUUUGUAUAUGGUUCGUGUAUUCCAUUAAAAAAAAAAGAUCCUAAAACAUAGUCAUUUGUUGAGC